UCUUGUUACAGCUUUUUUAUGGAACAGUAUUUACAUUUGGAAGUUUAUAUGAUCUGGUAAUGUCCAUAAGAGAUCACACCGGAGACGAUAUCAGCGAAAACUUUGUUAUAGUAGCUUCUGGAAUUGGUGUAAAUUUAUCCUUGCAACUAUUCGCUCAUCAGUCCAAACGAUGGGCAGCUUUAUUUAUCAAUAUAAGCAAUUUCGAAAAAUUUGGCAAACCCUCAGGAAUAGACAAGCGAAUAAGACAACUGAGUUUGUUUUCCAAAGUAAUGAUGGUUUAUACCUUGUGUGGUGUUUUUUCUUAUGGCUUAGUUUCACAGUUAGAAUCUGAUUGCAGUAAAAUAAAGAACGAAUACAAACUGUGCGGAACUAUGACACCAUUUCAACUACCAGUAAAAGUAUCACCGUUUAUGGUGAAGAUAAUUUACAUUUUGCAAAUUUUUGCCGGUGUGUUGGCAUUGGUUCCUGGAGCCUUAAUUUAUUGUACUUGUUUCGAAGCGGCGGAUAUUUUAAUUUAUCACUUAAUUCAUCUUAAGAGCAAAAUACAUGAAUUUUUUGAACACAAGGAUUCACAAAGUAAUAUCAGAGAGAUUGUCCUUUAUCAUAGAUAUAUUAUUGGAAUUGGAGACGAUUUGAACUUUCUGGUGAAAAAAACUCUAGGUCAUGUUUCUCUCAUUGCUGCUCUAAUUUUGGGAUGUAUUGGAAAUCAAAUUAUUAGUAAUAAUAAACCAUUCGGAGCAACUUUAUUUCUAAUUGGAAAUGUUGUGACAUUAUUUUUUUUGUGUCAUGGUGGUCAAAGACUUAUGGAUGAAAGUACAUCUUUAGCUAAUACGGUGUACGAAUCAAACUGGUUAAAGGCAAGUACAAAAAUGCAAAAAAAUCUGAUGAUGAUUAUAAGAAGAAGUCGAAAACCAAUAAGGUUUCAAGCUCUACCUAUGGGAUCAUUUGAUUAUAUGUUAUUUCAUACGUUUCUAAAAACGUCUUAUUCUUAUAUGAUGCUCCUUCAAAACUCAACAAAUGGUGACAAAAUUAGAUAAAUAUCUCUUGCAAUUUAUAUAUAUUAUUAUAAUUUUUUUUAUCAACUAUUAUAG